AUGUUGCGCACUGCCGCCCGCAUCACCCAGCGCUCCUGCCGCUCCCAGCCUCGAGCUCUCGCAACGAGAAUAGCCUCCAGGACGUUCUCUGCUUCCCGUACUAUUGCAGACGAUGUUCGACCAACUUCUUUGGAUGUUCUGACAGAGGAAGAGAAGAUGCUCAAGGAAUCAGUCGCUCGCUUCGCGCAGGAGGUCAUUGCCCCUAAAGUACGCGAGAUGGACGAGGCUGAAAUGAUGGAUCCCGAGAUUAUCCAGAAGCUAUUCGAGCAAGGAUAUAUGGGCAUCGAAACCAGCGCGGAGUAUGGCGGCGCCGAAUCCUCGUUCACCUCUGCAAUCAUUGCUAUAGAGGAACUAGCUAAAGUUGAUCCGUCUGUGUCUGUUAUGUGCGACGUACACAAUACCUUGGUCAACACCGUCAUUCGUCUAUAUGGUACCAAGGAGCAGCAGGACAAGUGGUUGCCUCUGCUGAGCGAGUCGAAGCUCGCGUCAUUCUGUCUAUCGGAGCCUGCGUCGGGGUCAGACGCUUUCGCCCUUCAGACUCGCGCAGUCAAGGAUGGCGACCAUUGGGUAAUCAACGGUACCAAGAUGUGGAUCACGAACUCAUAUGAGGCUGAAAUAUUCCUUAUUUUUGCUAAUAUUGACCCGAGCAAAGGCUACAAGGGUAUUACUUGCUUCCUUGCAACAAAAGAUAUGGGGAUCAAGAUUGCAAAAAAGGAGCAGAAACUUGGCAUUCGUGCAUCUUCAACAUGCUCGCUCAACUUCGACGAUUUGCGGGUUCCGGCAGAGAAUAUUAUUGGGGGCGAGGGCAAAGGAUACAAGGUCGCCAUCGAGAUCUUGAAUGAAGGCCGCAUAGGUAUCGCCGCACAAAUGCUUGGACUUGCACAGGGCGCUUUCGAUAAGGCUGUGCCAUACACGUUCCAGCGAUCACAGUUUGGACAACCCAUUGGCACAUUCCAAGGGCUCGCGUUCCAGCAGGCACGCGCAGCAACGGAGAUCGAGGCUGCCCGCCUGCUCACAUACAACGCAGCACGGCGGAAGGAGGAGGGUCUGCCUUUCGCGCGUGAGGCGGCAAUGGCGAAGCUUUACGCGAGUGAGGUGGCCCAGCGAGUGAGCGGCGCAGCGAUCGAGUGGGCUGGUGGUGUUGGGUUCACGCGGGAGACUGGUAUUGAGAAAUUCUGGCGAGAUUCGAAGAUUGGCGCAAUCUAUGAGGGAACAUCAAAUAUCCAGCUACAGACAAUCGCCAAGUUCAUUCAGAAGCAGUACUCAUAG